AUGGGCGAGCUUGAGCCUUGGAUUGAUGAGAAUUUCAUCCGCUCUGUCUGGUUUGGCAUGGGCGAAUCGGUGAACGUCAAGAUGAUCCGAGAUAAGUUCUCAGGCAACGCUGGAUAUUGUUUUAUUGAUUUCGCAUCCCCAGCUGCUGCUGCAAAGGCGUUGUCGCUUAAUGGAUCCAUGAUCCCCAACACUUCUCGUCCCUUCAAGCUCAACUGGGCCUCCGGCGGUGGACUCGCCGACAGACGGUCAGAAUCCCGGUUUAUAUUCCACAACUCUUUGACAUGCUAUCGCAUCUUUGUAACUGAUGACCGCGGCCCAGAAUACUCGAUUUUCGUUGGUGAUCUUGGCCCCGAAGUCAACGAAUAUGUCUUGGUCUCCCUGUUCCAAGCCAGGUUCCCUUCUUGCAAGUCCGCGAAAAUCAUGACCGACCCCAUCUCGGGAAUGUCCCGUGGUUAUGGAUUCGUUCGUUUUGCCGACGAGCAAGAUCAGCAAAGAGCCCUGACUGAGAUGCAAGGUGUUUACUGCGGCAACCGCCCCAUGAGAAUUUCUACAGCGACACCAAAGAACAAGUCUGGCGGUGCUGGUCCAGCUGGGAUGCCAAUCCAAGGCGGUAUGGGUGGAGGUGGUGGUGGUGGUGGUGGUGCCAUGGGCGGUGCCCCUGGCAUGUACUCUAUGGGUGCCCCUCCUCCAUUGGGUUACUAUGGCGCCCCGCAGCCAAUGAAUCAGUUCACAGACCCCAACAAUACCACUGUCUUCGUUGGAGGACUUUCAGGAUACGUUACCGAAGAUGAGCUCCGCUCCUUCUUCCAAGGCUUUGGGGAAAUUACGUACGUCAAGAUCCCACCUGGAAAAGGGUGUGGAUUUGUGCAGUUCGUUCAACGCCAUGCUGCAGAAAUGGCCAUCAACCAGAUGCAGGGUUAUCCAAUUGGAAACUCUCGUGUCCGUCUUUCCUGGGGUCGCUCUCAGAACAAUUCAGGGCCAGCCGGCACCCCGUAUCGCCCUGCUCCUCCACCACCUCAGUACCAAUCCAUGGGCAUGCCUCCUCAGCACGCGUAUGGGAAUUUCCAACCGUUGCAGACUCUGACACCUUGA